GCUCCGGAAACGCGCCGCGGGGCUGCUGGGCUCUGCCGGGCUCGGGCGGCGGCUCAGCGGCGCUUCCUGCCACGCCGGGCCUGCUAGGGCCGGGCCAGCUCCCCUCUGCUGAGGGCCGCCUCCGGGCCUGGGUGAGCGUGCCUGUCGCCGGAGAGUGCGCGGGCCAAGUGCUGGUGCGGGCGGCGGGAGGGACGGGCCGUGCGAGUCUGAGUGGUCCGAGUGAUCGCGAGGGAGGCGGAAGGAUGUGCGGGCCGGAGUGAGCGUGCGGGACCGGCAGCGGGAGAAGGUGCUGGGGCUAGGGUUGGACCUUGUCUGCUGGACUACUCACUUGGAGUUGUUCUGAGACAUGAUGAGUUACCCUUGUGUGCCUCCUUUGGCUCCACCUGCUCCCCAAGGUCUUGCCCUUCCCCAGGAUGGAGCCCCGGGAAACCAGGUCCUGGCAGUCCCUCUUGAGAUGCCGGAGGCCCAGGACUUGGCGCCAUCUGAUGAUGCGGUGCAGUACCUCACAGAAAGGGAGUGGUUGAAGCUGGACCCUGAACAGAGGACACUGGCUUAUUACGGGAACGUGACCUCCGUGGCAGGAGUGCCUGUUUUGGGUACUACCUUGGUCUCCCACCUGGCGCAGGGACAAGUACUGUUGGUGUCAGACCCAUCCGUUGGCACGGAUCAAGCUAAGCACCCCGGGAGCACCUCUGUGACCUGCCACCGGACAAUGGGUGAAGAAACCCAGCCACAGGAGAUGGCAUCCGUGAGCACCCCCAAGGCCAGUGACCCCAACACGGAGGUCAAGCAGAUCAGGGACUCUGAGGGCCGGGGAGGGAGCCCACAGGAUCUGCCCAUAGAGCACCACUUCGCAUGUAAAGCGUGUGGGGACACCUUCCGGUUGAAAGUGCUCCUGGUGCAGCACCAGAGGGUUCACAGUGAGGAGAAAGGGUGGGAGUGUGGCGACUGCCGGAAGGUCUUCAGGGGGGCAGCCGAGUUCAACGAGCACAGGAAGAGCCACGUGGCCACUGAACCCCGGCCGGGCCCCAGUUGGGCCCUAGAAGAGGCCGUGGCAGAGAAAAGGGAGCAGCUGGAGAAGGAGACGAUGCCCUUUGAGUGCGAGGAGUGCGGGAAGAGGUUUAAGAAGAACGCGGGCCUCAGUCAACACCUGCGCGUGCACAGCCGCGAGAAGCCCUUCGACUGCGAGGAGUGCGGGCGCUCCUUCACGGCGCACACCCUCCUCUUCCGGCACCAGAAGCUGCACAUCGCCGAGAAGCCCUUGGCGUGCAAGGCGUGCAGCAGGGAUUUCCUCGAUCGCCAGGAGCUGCUCAAGCACCAGCGUAUACACACCGGCCACCUGCCGUUCGACUGCGACGACUGCGGCAAGUCCUUCCGCGGUGUCAAUGGGCUGGCGGAGCACCAGCGCAUCCACAGCGGCGCCAAGCCCUACGGGUGUCCGCAUUGCGGCAAGCUCUUCCGGAGGAGCUCGGAGCUCACCAAGCACCGACGCAUCCACACAGGCGAGAAGCCCUACGAGUGCGGUGAGUGUGGCAAGGCCUUCCGCCAGAGCUCCAGCCUGCUGGAGCACACGCGCAUCCACAGCGGCGAGCGGCCCUACGUGUGCGGCGAGUGCGGCAAGGCCUUCCGAGGCCCUUCCGACCUCAUCAAGCACCGUCGCAUCCACAGCGGACUCAAGCCCUACGAGUGCGACAAGUGCGGCAAAGCCUUCCGCAGGAGCUCGGGCCUGAGCCGCCACCGGCGCAUCCACAGCGGGGCGAGGCGCUGCGAGUGCAGCGAGUGUGGCCGCGUGUUCAAGAGGCGCUCGGCGCUGCAGAAGCAUCAACCCACUCAUCAGGAGUAGGGGGCCGGUCCCCAGGGGCCGAUGGCGAGGUCAAAGGAGAUGAAUAGUUUUGUAGCGCUCAUCAAUGUUAUCGUCUGAGAGGUUGAAGCGAUUUUUACUACCACCAGCAAUUCCUAAGUGUCCGUGUUUCCCAUUAUGCGGAGAGUAGCUUUUCCCAUCUUAACUUAGCUCAGCUAGUUUACCCGGCAGGGUGCCUUUAAGGUGUUUCAGCCCUCACGUCUUGAAUGACGAGAGACACGCAGCUGGAGGAUGCAGCCAGGUCCUCUACUCCAGGCUCUGUCCCCGUGGGAAACAAAGGAUGGCAUCGGUACAGUGCAAUCCCAACACUCCCAAAGAAAGAAAAGAUUGCCCCAAAAGUGUUUGGCCUACUUGAAUUCAUAAAUUUUUAGGGAUGUAAAUAGAAUACUCAAAUGUCUUAUAAUAUUUAAUUUAUUAAUUUAGUUAUACAUGCAUCUUGUACAUCGCAUAUGAUAUAGAAUAAUAUAUUAAUCUAGAAAAUACUCCUUUUGUGCCACACUCCAUUUCCUGAAUGGUUUUAUUCCAACAACUGGUGAAUUGUGACCCCGCCAUCUUGCCCAACACGAGAACCCUGUCAGUCACCAGUCUUGGCACAUCUGGUCACUUCUGUCCAAGCUUUGCAUGGUAGCACUGUGAUAAUCCUCACGUAAGGCUCCCACUAGAAAUUUCCUCCCAAGCCAUAAGAACACAUUCAUGGAAUAUCAGGAGAGUUGUUUUGUGUGUUUUUAACUAGUCCUGUAACUCUGCGACAUAACCACUUAGGGUGGUGCUUUUUCAAAUGACCUUUUAAAAGGCUGGGUUUUUUGUUGUUUGGUUUUUUGGGGGGUUUUCCGUUUUUGUUUUUUUAGCAUCUAACCCAUCAUGCUCCUGGUAAAAAUUAAUCUAGGUUAAAUGGUUUUUUGCCUCUUUUUUCCUUAAUCCAAUUCCAUCUGGUGACUCCUGUACCUACCCAAAAUAAACAUCGGUCGGUGGUGUUCAGCCUGAUGGGUCUUAUCCCCAAGCAGCACCAUUGUGUUGAAAAUGAAGUAGGUGAGACAGGGGCCCCAAAUAAGAGGGUGUCUCCAAGACUCAAGAGUAAGGCGGCACCUCCUUGAUGGGACCAAGAGCCUGUCCCAGUAUCGGGCCUCGAUGGUACUUCUCCAGCCCUCCAGCUUGCAGCUCUGCCCAGUGGGGGGCAAUCCCAGUACCUACCUCCCAAGGGUGUCAGCAGGACAAUGGCAAUGCCUGCCUGGCGUGAAGGUACACUCCCAGUGAAGGUCAUCCACUGUCAUCAUCACAGUUAUUGCUGCCAUUCUGCAGCUUAUUAAUGCCACAUGUGGGGAUGGACCCCAGGCCUCCUGACUACUAGUGUCAUCUUUUUUUCAUGUGACAACCUAAAUACUACUUCUGGUUUCUUGCAUGCAAAUGUACGUUCAUCUCCUUUGACUGUUUAUCAAAUUACCUUUGGAUAUACUGACUUUAUAUAGCAGUUCUUUCUAUAUCAAUUGUGGUGUUCUCUUUUCCAGUUUCAUUGCUUUGCUCUUUGUAGCACUUUUUAUUACAUUUUUGUUGUGCAAGCUUUUGACUUUUACAUAUCCCAGCAUUCAUUUUGUAGGUCGUAACUUUCAUUGCUUCAGUACUUAGACAUGAUGACAUUUUCUUCUAGAAUUUUAGUUACAAACAAAAAGUUGAAACCCUGCCCACCGGAAGGUGAAUGCACCAGGUGGGUGGGCCAGAUAAGAAUGGGCCUGUGGAACAGGGCCCAUUCUUCAUUCAGAUGCAGACUCUGCAUGUAUCUGUGGGCGCUUGACUAUCCAACCCAGCCACUGAGGCACACUGGAGAUACGCCUGUCACAGAUUCCGCAGAGCACUCUGACUUUCAUGGGGAGAGCCCCAGCCACCAGCAGUGAGGCUUGGCCUCACCUGGACCAAUUGGAUGGUACACGCUGGGUCUGGCAGCAGCCAGCCCACCUCCAAGCUCCCAGGAGCCUUGGCAAUGAGUUCAGUGACUGAGCAGCAGAUCCAGCCAAGCACCAUCUCCUCAGCCACAAGAAGACUCGCCUGACUGCUCUUCCUCCCAGCGAGUGCCUCUGGAAUGAGACAGAUCCAUUUGGUGGCCUCUGCUUUGGGCAACUAUGGAGUGAUUUGCCCACCUGUGCUGCGGUCACCUUCCGAAGCCACAUCUAAGAUGAGCGACAGAACAGAGGUUUGGAGAGGAACUGUGUCUCUCUGAUGGCCUGUGUGUCAUUCUGACAGAAGCUGGCUGCGCAAGGCCGGGUGCAGAAUGAGGCCCUUCUGGUGGCUCUGAGGAAUAGAAACAGGAGCUGUCCAUCCUGGUGGCAGCCUCUCCCAGGAAGAAGAGCAGCGAGAGGUGGCCAGGAAGCUGGCCAUGCCAGGCCUGUGGCAUCACCUCCCAGCUCUUGUGCUGCAGCAGCAGGGGCAGGGGGGCUGGAGGCCAGGGCCUGCUGCAGAAAUGCAGGCACAGCCAGGAAGGGCCUGCCAGGCCCCUUCUUGGGAAGCAAGGUCUCACAGUGAUCCCUGUGACCUUGGCCAGAAGGUCCUCCCCGGUGGCCCCCAGGCCAGCACUGUGACCCUAUGGGAUGUCUCCAUCCUGACCUCCAGGCCGGAGAGAAGCCAGCAGUACCCGUUACAUAGUGAUUCCUUUGCUCUGGGCUCUGUUCUUGCAGUAGUUGUGAAUCUGUCUGAACUCACUGCUCUCUCCAAUCAGUUUUCUUUUUUCAAGCUCUUAGGACAUGUUUUGUACAUCUGUCAUUGGAUAAGGAAUAUUGACGUGUACCAGGCCCAACUCUGGGCAGUUUACCUUGAAGGAUUCUGCCGUUUCUUUGACCAUUCAAUGGGUCAUUUGUCCAGCUGGAUCUGAAGGAUUCCACUGAAGUCUAGAUUGGCAUUAAGUCAGCCUGUAGGAUAGAGGUCACUGCUCCCCCUGGGACAUGGCACCUUGACUUCCCUUCUUGCCUUCCUUGGUACGAUUUUUCCACUUGGUACUUUGUUCUAGUUUUGAUUGUAUAAUUUUCUCUCAAACAAAUCCUCAUUUAGAGAUAACACUAAAGAUUGUGUCUUUUCCUUCACCAUUGACAUAUUGGCUUUCCACAGUGUGAAUGGUGAAAUCCACACUCUCCACACACAAUCAGUGUGUGACUUCUCCAUGUGUCCUGUGGUUUCACCGCUUCAUCUUCUGCCCCAAACACGGAGGAGGUGGAUUUCCUUGGAUAGUCCAGGUGUGCUGCUCUGUCAGGGCAGAUGCAAGCAGCUGUCCUGUUGUGUUUGUCUGUGCUUUCUUGUAUCUACCUCAUUUCACUUUGCUUUCUAACCACACAUAUUCCUAUUGCAAGGGUAACAGAAAGAAGCUGGGGUACAUGGAAUUGUGGCUUUUGGUAGAAAUAUUUCCUUCUUACCACAGUAAAAAAGAACUCUUCAAUUGCUUUUAUUAGCAUUUUGGAUACUUGCUGAAAUUUUCAAAAGAAAGGAAUUGUUUACCAUUUUUACUGCUUCCUGUGUAGUCCCCACUCUUGCAUCUCUGCAACAAUCGCUACCUGGCCACAUCUUCCUGCUGUGGUAUUGGCAUUUCGUGUGCUUGGUUUUAUGGCCACAGUGGCAAGGUGCAGUGUCUGCCCUGCCCGCAUCCCAGGGCUGUGGCCCUGUUGCGUACCAUGUGACUUGCCACCCUCUCUGGGCUGCAUUAAUUAAAACAGAACCAAAUGCCCAACCCAAGGGCAACAGCAGUCCGCAGAGCUGGCUGGAGACAAUGGACCUUGCCUUUCAAGUCUGAGGAAAGCGAACAAGGAAACCGGCACUUGCAGUUGGAUCACAGAUGGAGCCACACACACAGUAUGUAGAACAGUUGCCCCUGGGGGAGCACCAAGCUGAAGAUCUCUGGGCUUCUGCCAGGCUGCCCAGCACUGCCUCCCUCCCACCACCCGAAGGGAGGCCUGACUGUGUUGUGUUCUUGGGCUGCUGGCGACUGCCUCUGUCAGUCCAUGUGUCCCCAGCAAGGACCUGCCCCUUGACUUGAGCCAGCUUAAGUCUCUGCUUUUGCAACUUGUCCAAGAGCCAAUUACAUUACACUGGCCAUUUGGCUGCUUUGUGAGAAGGAUCACGUUGCUGGCCUUCCUCGAAUUCUCCCCAGCCAGCAUCCCUGGCCCAAGUCCCACCUGGCUGUUGUGACACGUGUUUAAAUGCGAUACCGUAUUGUGUUCACUACGAUGGGUGAAAAUCUAUGCCGUCUGUCUCAGUGAGUUUAACCAAUGACUUUCUGUGUGCGUAUUGCUCCUUUCCUGAACCGGCGUUCGACCAUAUGAUGAGUUCAUCACAGCCCACCCUGUUCUCUCUUUUGGAAGUGUUUCACUGUUUCCAGCAAAUCCGUCAGAUUGAAGAAUUGAUAACACCUUUCUUAAUAGUAUACUUACAUUCUAUAGUUUUCAUUGUGUUGAUUCGGGGGUUUAUUUUCAAAACUAGAAAUGGUCUCUUGACACUUGACCCUCAAGGUAACCUGCACACCUCUGAGAACAGUAGCUGCGUCCCAUCCCAAGUGGUGGAUGCUCUUUUGUUGGUGCCCCCGGAUCUCACGACUUAGUCUGUUUUCUGGCAAUCAUUAUAAUCAGCCUUGCACUAGAGCUGUUUGUGGACUUGGCUUCUCCUCUCUUCCACUCAGCCCUUCCCCAUCCGUUAGAUUGUGAGCUCUUAGAAGACAGGGGUGGCACUCAUAUCUGCUCCCCUACCAAAUCUAGCACAGUGCCUUGCAUCGAGUAGAUUUCAAUAAAUAUAUGUUAAAUGGCA